GUGGGAAAUCCUUUAGCCAGACCUCUCACCUCAUUAAACACUGGAGAGUUCAUCCUGGAGAAAGAGCUUACGAGUGCAGUGAAUGUGGUAUUAAUGAGACGGAUCUUAGAGCUGUGGUCCCAGAUAGGUGUGUUGGGUGCUACACCUGGAAAUCCGUACAGUGUGUUUGCUAGAACACCUCAUCUCAGCCUGGAAACCCGAGCAUUUCAGAUGCCAUAUGCCCCGGCUAUACGACGGAUGUGUGCUGACAAACCUGUGGGUGUCCCACUGAGAGCCUGAGGACAGGCAUGGGAUGCGGACACUCCUCAACACAGCCUGGAUCCACGGACACAUAUACCACCGUGUCCACAGAAAACAAGUGUGACCGACACGAGACACAAGCUGCAUUUGUAAAGCACCAGGGUCCCUUGGUGAAGAGAGGUGCCGACACCACCGCAGGUGUGGCCGUGGGAACAGGCACACGCGUACUGCAUAGAGACCUGUGAGACAGGCCUGUGAUAGGGACGUGCCAAAGCUAGUAUUUGAGAUACACACAUACGGUCACACGGUGUCCAUCCACAGAUUGCAUGUGACAAGGCAGACACAGCCUGGCUUGGAGACAACCACCUUCCCCACCACCCCUGCAGGUUUGAUGAUGUGCUGAUGGAAGUGAGAACACACCGGUGAAACCAUGAUCAUGAACCACUGAUGCUCUGGGAGCGGGCUUUCGUGGUGGGGUCCUGCGGAGCGCCGGCGGGGGACAGAGGUGACUCACCGAGAAGGCACGAGGGGAGGCGCUGUCCUCGCCGCACACAGUCGAGUCCGGGUGUCCGCCCACCUCCGGCCUCGCUCAGCCCACCGAGUCCGAUGGCGGCGGCCGCGCGCAGGGACCCGGCUCAGGGCGCUACAGAUUCACUUGGAUCUCCAGGCCAUGCUGCAGUAUCAUUUCCACAUACUGGUCACGUCUGAUACCUGAAAUGUUUGAUUCCAGACUAUGGAGCUGUGUGCUAGGAAAACAGUUACACUUGGUGUCUUUCCAGGUCUGUGUGAUCUCUGAGGAUGUGUUUGUGUUCUUCUCCCGGGAAGAAUGGAUGCUCCUUGAUGAUUCUCAGAGACUUUUGUAUCAGGAUGUGAUGCUGGAAAACUUUGCACUUUUAGCCUCACUGGGAAUUGUAUCCUCCAGAUCACACGCAGUCACCCAACUGGAGCAAAAGGAAGAUCCCCAGAUGCCUGACCAGGUGGCUAUGACCCCAGUCACAGAAAGAGAGGCUCGGAGGGGGCCUGGACUUGGGGGUUGGUGUGCAGUGGAGGAUGAGGCUCCGUCCCCUGAGCAGAGUGUUUCUUCAGAAGGAGUGUCACAAGUCAGGACUCCGGUGGCAGGUCUGAACCCCCAGCCAUGUGACAUAUCUGGCUCAGUAUUGAAAGAAAUCUUACACCUGACUGAAUACCAGGGGGGAGAAGCCAGGCUGGAACCACACACGGGCGGGGCCUGUUGGAAGCACUUCUGGCACGGUGCAAACGUCCAUCAGCACCACACUGCAGAGAAAUCCUUCAGAAGAGAUGAGGGCAGGGACUCGGUGAAAACCUGCAGAUUCUAUGUGCCAGAGAAGACCUAUACACACAGUGAGCGUAGAAGGGACUUUCCAGCCACCUCUGACCUUCUUCAGCACCAGGUCCCCCACAUUAGGAUGAAGCCCCACAAGAACACCAGGCUUGGGGGAGCCCUUCACCCUGGACAGCGGCAUCACAAGUGCAUCGAAUGUGGGAAAUUGUUCACCCGCAAAGACACGCUUACUCGGCACCGGAGAAUCCACACUGGAGAAAGGCCUUAUGAGUGCAGCAAAUGUGGGAAAUUCUUUAGUCAAAGCUGUGACCUUUUUAAACAUGAGACCAUACACACUGGGGAAAGGCCUUACGAGUGCAGUGAAUGUGGGAAAUUCUUUAGACAGAUCUCUGGCCUGAUUGAACACAAGCGAGUUCACACGGGUGAAAGACUCUAUCAGUGCAGUAAUUGUGGAAAAUUCUUUAGCAGUAAGUCUAACCUCAUUAGACACCAAGAAGUUCACACAGGAGCAAGGCCUUAUGUAUGUAGCACAUGUGGGAAGGAGUUCAGCCGCAAACACACACUUGUUCUGCACCAGAGGACUCACACUGGAGAAAGGCCUUAUGAGUGCAGCGAGUGUGGGAAGGCCUUUAGCCAGAGUUCCCACCUUAAUGUGCACUGGAGAAUUCAUGGCAGUGAUUACGAGUGCAGCCGAUGUGGGAAAGCCUUUAGCUGCAUCUCUAAACUCAUUCAGCACCAGAAAGUUCACUCUGGAGAAAAUCCUUAUGAGUGCAGCAGAUGUGGGAAAGCCUUUACCCAAAGGCCAAAUCUUAUUCGGCACUGGAAAGUUCAUACCGGAGAACGGCCCUAUGUGUGCAGCAAAUGUGGGAAAGAGUUUAACCGCAAACACACACUUGUUCUCCAUCAGAAGAUUCAUAAUGGAGAAGAACCUUAAUACCAUAGCAGAUGUGGGGAGUCCUUUAGCCAAGGCCCCCAACUUAUUGUCCAUUUGAGAAUUCCUAGCAGUGAUUAUGAGUGCAGCAGACGUAGGACAGUCUUUACCCAAGGACCAAACUUUAUUCAGCACUGGAAAAUCCACACUGGACAGUGGUACAGGGAAUGUGCCAUCUCCUUGUUCAGCCUAACAGCUCUCCCCAGAGUGAAGCUCUGAGAGGAGGCUUUGUGAGGGAGCCAUCAUUCAGAAGUGGUACCUCACACAUAGGAACCUCUGCACUGGGGAGGUUCCUUGUGAGUGCCUGGUAUGUCAGGUGCUAUCAGGAGCUGUGUUGCACGUUGUAAAUUGCCACCUCCCUUUGCCAGUGGCAGAAACCGUCCCACUAUGACCAUCUAUCAGUUCCACAGUGUGUGUCAGUCACUCCAGCACGCUUAGGCAGGUAGACCUGUGCUGUCUCCACAGUCCCUAGAAGGAGUCAUGAUUGGCCUCCAUGGCCCAUGGGGGGCCUCAUUUUCUCCCUUUUGUCUGGGUUAAGCAUGGGAAAAAUCAGCACACAAGAUGGGUUUUCCAGGUAUCUUGCAAAGGUUUAUCUUCAUGGACUUUUUCAUCUUGUGUGAUGCUCAUUGUGGAUGUGUAUGGUCUCACGGCCUCCAGCCCUGGAAGCACAUGCCUCACUUCACUCAUGUUUGUACAGUAAUAAAGGGCUUAUUCUUUGA